UAAACACGAGCACCCAUGUUAAAUCUAGGAUUUAAAUUCAGGUAGUUGAGCUACCCUCGCUUUUGCAAUUAGUUACUUCUUUUAUGCUUGACUAUUAUAUAUUUAUAGCUUUGGCCUGUUGGCCAUGGCUGCCUCACCUUACCUCGAUCUGCAAGCAAGCCAAGCCAAGCAUAGGUAGACGACGUGUAGAUACGUAGUCCUCCUCCUCUCUCUCGAUUCUGCACGCCUCGUCGAGCAGCUAGCUAGCAUAUAUACCCCCAUACCUGCAUACCAUGCUGCGUCCCCAGCUCAAUCCAUCGUCCAGCCACCACCAUACGACGACGACGAGCAGCAGCAGCAGCACGCAGCUGUACUUCGCCUCCUCGUCGUGCAUCGCUAGCCUUCGCCGGCCGUCGCCGCCGUCGCUGAUCGCCGGUGCCGGCUGCCGGACGACGCGGCGGAGACAGCAGGGUAGGCAGCGAGUUGUUGUGAGGUGCGCGUCCUCGUCGGCGGCAUCAUCGGCGUCGGAGGCGGCGAGAAGAGGGACCGGUAGUUCGGACAUGGCGCCGGCGGCGGUGGUGAAGGUGAAGGCGGUGGCGACGAUCAAGGUCACCGUCGAAGGGCUUCUCAACAGCCUGAGGCCGUCGAAGGCGAUCGACAACAUCAGGGAUCUCAUCGGAAGGUCGCUCUUCCUCGAGCUCGUCAGCUCCGAGCUUGAAGCGAAGACAGGGAAGAAGAAGGCAACGGUGCAUAGCUACGCGCACAAGGUGGACGACGACGACCAUGGCGUCGUCACCUACGAGGCCGACUUCGACGUGCCGACCGGCUUCGGCCCCAUCGGCGCCGUCGUGGUCACCAACGAGCUCGGGCAGGAGAUGUUCCUCGAGGACCUCAACCUCACCGCCGGCGAUGGCGCCGGCAACUCCACCGUCCUCCCCAUCCGCUGCAACUCCUGGGUCCAGCCCAAGUCCAGCAUCGACGAGGGCACGCCUGGCAAGCGCAUCUUCUUCGCCAAGGCUUAUCUGCCGGGCCAAACUCCGGCGGGUCUCCGGAGCUACCGGGAGGAGGACCUCAAGCAGAAGCGCGGCAAUGGCGCUGGCCAGAGGGAGGCCGACGACCGCGUCUACGACUACGACGUGUACAACGACCUCGGCAACCCCGACAGCAACGGUGACCUCGCCCGCCCCGUCCUCGGCGGCAGCAAGCAGUUCCCUUACCCUCGCCGCUGCCGCACUGGUCGCCCCCCUUCCAAGAAAGACCCGAAGUCGGAGACGAGGAAGGGGAACGUGUACGUGCCGAGGGACGAGGAGUUCUCGGAGGUGAAGAACGCGCAGUUCUUGCUCAAGACGCUGCAGUCGGUGCUCCACGCCGCCGUGCCGGCGGCGCAGUCGGCGCUCAUCGACAAUCUGAGCCUGAACCUGCCGUUCCCGUCCUUCUUCGUCAUCGACAAGCUGUUCGAGGACGGCGUCGAGCUUCCCGGCGUCGAGAAGCUCGGCUUCCUCCACAGCAUCGUGCCCCGCCUGCUCGAGCUCCUCCGCGACAGCCCCGGCGACAAGAUCCUCCUCUUCGACACUCCGGCCAACGUCCAAAAGGACAAGUUCGCAUGGCUCAGAGAUGAGGAGUUCGCGAGGGAGACGCUCGCUGGCAUCAACCCGUACGCCAUCGAGCUCGUCAGGGAAUUUCCGCUAAAGAGCAAGCUCGACCCGGCGGUGUACGGUCCGGCGGAGUCGGCGAUCACCGCCGAUUUGCUGGAGGAGCAGAUGAGGCGCGUGAUGACGGUGGAGGAGGCGAUCAGCCAGAAGAGGCUGUUCAUGCUCGACUUCCAUGACCUCUUCUUGCCGUACGUGCACAAGAUCCGGUCGCUGAAGCACACCACCAUGUACGGCUCGCGCACCAUCUUCUUCCUCACCGACGACGGCACGCUGCGGCUGCUCGCCAUCGAGCUCACCCGGCCGGCCUCGCCGUCGCAGCCGCAGUGGCGGCAGGUGUUCACCCCGUCCACGGACACCACCAAGUCGUGGCUGUGGCGGAUGGCCAAGGCCCACGUCCGCGCCCACGACGCCGGCCACCACGAGCUCAUCACCCACUGGCUUCGCACGCACUGCGCGGUGGAGCCGUACAUCAUCGCGGCGAACCGGCAGCUCAGCGAGAUGCACCCCAUCUACCAGCUGCUGCACCCGCACUUCCGGUACACGAUGCGGAUCAACGCGCUCGCGCGCUCCAGGCUGAUCAGCGCCGCCGGCAUCAUCGAGCUCUCGUUUUCGCCGCAGAAGUACUCCAUGGAGCUCAGCUCCGUCGCCUACGACAAGCUCUGGCGCUUCGACAUGGAGGCGCUCCCCGCCGACCUCGUCCGCCGCGGCAUGGCCGAGGAGGACCCCACGGCGGAGCACGGCCUCAGGCUCGCCAUCGAGGACUACCCGUUCGCCAACGACGGCCUCCUCAUCUGGGACGCCAUCAAGACCUGGGUCCAGGCGUACGUCGCGCGGUUCUACCCCGACGCCGACAGCGUCGCCGGCGACGAGGAGCUCCAGGCGUUCUGGACCGAGGUGCGCACCAAGGGGCACGGCGACAAGAAGGACGCCCCGUGGUGGCCGAAGUUGGACUCGCCGGAGAGCCUCGCCCACACGCUGACCACCAUCGUCUGGGUCGCGGCGGCGCACCACGCCGCCGUCAACUUCGGGCAGUACGACUUCGGCGGCUACUUCCCCAACCGGCCGUCCAUCGCGCGCACGGUCAUGCCGGUGGAGGAGCCCGUGGACGGCGCCGCCAUGGAGAGGUUCCUGGACAACCCGGACCAGGCGCUCCGCGAGUGCUUCCCGUCGCAGGUGCAGGCAACGGUGGUGAUGGCGGUGCUCGACGUGCUGUCCACCCACUCCACCGACGAGGAGUACCUCGGCGGCGAGCAGACGAGGCCGUGGAACAGCGACGCGGCGGUGCAGGCGGCGUACGCUGGGUUCACAGCUCGGCUCAAGGAGAUCGAGGGCGUCAUCGACGGCCGGAACAAGGACAGGAAGCUCAAGAAUCGGUGCGGCGCCGGCAUCCUGCCGUAUCAGCUGAUGAAGCCCUUCUCCGACGCCGGCGUCACCGGCAUGGGCAUCCCCAACAGCACAUCCAUCUGAUGGGAGGACAUCUACUUGCAAUUGAUCGUUCAUGUCAUCAUGUGUGUGAAGCUCUGAAUUAUUUGUGUCAGUAGUAGCAUUGUUACAUAAUUUUUAAUCUGCAUAUAUUUGUCUGUAAAAAUAAGAAGUGGUUGUUGUUGAUGUUAUUUAUUGAAAAUCUUAUGAAUAAUGUAUUCUUUUAUUUGAUUUAUUUGCAGAAACAAUUGAUAGCAUUUACAUUGAAUGGUGCAUUUUUA